UUCCUGGCUAAAAGGAGCCAUUUGCUUUGGGUUUGCUCCAACCUGCUCCAACCUGCUCAAAGCAGCAAAUCCUUUUAGGACAAACAAUUAAGGCCAGCAAAUCCUUUCAGGAGGAACACAGAUCUUUACAGAUUGGAACUUAGCAAAAAUACUUUUCCAAAUGCAAUCUGUUGGUGACACUGAAGUCUCUUGCUGAUGCUAAUAAAAAAUUAUUUUUGUUGAUCAGCUGAUCGUACUUCCCAGCAGGUAACUUGUAGGGUCCUAGACUGAGGAGCUGACUUAAGGUAGAGAGCUACUUUUCUACAUAAAAACCUGGUCUUUAAGGCACGAGGAUUUGAGCUCACAGUAAAAUAGCGAUCAAGAUGCUUGCUUCUACUCAAAAUUCACGUUACUUAAAACUAGAUGUUACCACUCAUCGUCUCCAUCCCCAGUGCAUUAUUAGCCCGCUGCCUCUCAUCUCAGGGAGGAGGAAAGUCAGCUUUAUUUGUUUAUGUAAUACGCUUCAUUAUCUCCAGGCCCCUUGAGAAUCGGGUGGGUCCCCAUGACUUCCUAGACAAGACGAGAGCUUCCAAGCCUUGUUCUGUAACCAGCCCUGUGCAAACAGAGGUCAAGGGCUUGUGGCCGAUAACUCUUUGACAUUCACAGUGUGUGUUAGCAUAAUAAAGGCUCUGAGAAGUACUGCAGUCCUGAGACCUGGUCAGACUGACUUUGGCUCAGGCUUUCCUGAUAUGAUUUCCUUUGGGAAAUCUUUUUCUUAUUCUUCUGCAGAGCACCCACGGAACUAGUGAACUAGCGAUUGACAGAAUUAACUGGAGGGCUCAGGGCUGCCCCCACUAGGCGGGGUUUAAUCCAUCUCCCCCAGGGCAAUGCCACGGGGACAAGCCAGCCGCAGCCGCAACCGCCUUGGAGCAGCCAGACCCAGUCCUGGACCUUGGCCGGUCACCUCUCUGGGUCCUGGUUUUCUCCCCCGUCAGUGGACUUCAUCCUUUACAGGCUCUUCGCCUUUCUUAGGCACCUUUUGUUUUGGCUUGUUCUUUGCCCCCAACUGAGUUUUGAGUCUGGAAGGAAGGCUGUAGAUGCUUUGGUGCUGGGCAAACACACCACUGUCUGGAGCAGGCCCUAGAACGGUCACCGAAGUUCUAAGCACCUGGAGAGUCGUCUGGCUGACCAGGAGAUGGUCACGGGUCCCUCAUCCUGCUCCCUGCCAGGAAGGCCUUGCUGUGGUUCUCAGAUGAGGUCACUGUUACUCAAGAGCCGCCGCCUGUUGAUUGCAUGUUUUGAUUCUGAGUGAGCCUGCCUGGGUCGUGGUCUGACCUCACGGGCCAUCUGUCCAAGCCCCGGAUUGCUCCCUUGGAGGCCAGGCUUCUCUGACUUCAGCCGGGGGCGGGGAGGGGAGGCCUGUUCUUUCCCGGGUAGGCAGAGAGAAGGCUGCAGGGCUGGAAGGACAGCAAGGCCCAAGGGGACGGCUUGCUGCUUUCUAAGAUGGAGGACCGUCCUCAGACCAUGUUGUCACCGAAGUUGACUUACCAUCCUUUGUGACCCACUUUGAAUGGGACAUGGCGAAAUACCCCGCGAAGCAGCCGUUGGUGAGCGUGGUGGACACGCUAGCGAAGCAACUGGCACAGAUCGAGACUGACCUGAAAUCCCGAACAGCCACCUACAACACUCUGAAGACAAACCUGGAGAACCUGGAGAAGAAAUCCAUGGGAAACCUCUUCACUCGGACAUUGAGCAAUAUCGUGAGCAAAGAAGACUUCGUGUUGGGUUCCGAGUAUCUAAUCACACUUCUGGUCAUCGUCCCCAAGCCAAGCUACACAAAAUGGCAAAAAACCUACGAAUCCCUCUCGGACAUGGUGGUCCCUCGGUCGACUAAGCUGAUUGCCGAGGACAACGAGGGCGGCCUCUUCACGGUGACCCUGUUUCGAAAAGUGAUCGAGGAUUUCAAAACCAAAGCCAGAGAGAACAAGUUCACUGUCCGUGAAUUUUAUUAUGACGAGAAAGAAAUUAAAAGGGAAAGGGAAGAGAUGAGCAGGUUGCUGUCUGAUAAGAAGCAACAGUAUGUGAGUAAACUACACAGGCGGGCGGGCUUCAUGCAAGAGCACCCCCCUCCCUUGGGGGCCAUGUGGCCCGGAAACCUGUGUUCCCCUGGAGCUGCCAGAGCGGGGCUGGGGAAGGGAGAGGGGCACCCAGGUGCGCCUUCCGUAGGAGAGCUCCCGAGUCCUGGCAGCGCCCCUCCAGGAGGGGACUCCAAGCCCCACUGUGCAGCUGAGAAACUGAGGCUCUGGGAGGUCAGGGAGCAUUUCCCCCAGGACGAGGAGACUGGGGCAGGGCAGGUAGGGAUCCAGGCGGGGGUCCCUGUGCCGAGCGUGGGCAGCCCUGUCCCCUCAGUCACCUUGCUGGCCUCAGCAGUGUGGUUCCCCAGGCGUGAUGGGAUAGCUUCUGUCGUCAGCACCCGUAUUUAUUCCCCCUACGCUUUUAGCAAAGAGUGGGGGCUUAUCCUUGAGAUUUCUGACAACAGCCACUCGGAAACCUUCCGCGUGCACGGGCAGCUGAGCUCACGAGGGAGCAAACCAGGCUUUGAGUUUGGGCAUGUGAACAGGGUAGCCUUGGGAGAGUCACUCUGCUCUGUGGGAUGGGCCCCUUCCUGCUACGGAGAAGCCUAAGCCAGGUGGCUCCAGGGGCCCCCCUGGUGGAAUGUCUUCAGGGCCCCUCUGCCCCCCAUCCCCACUGGGGAGGGUUCUCAGAAACUUCCAGUUCGGCCUCUAGUGUAGAGAGGAAGGGAAGAAUGAAUAGAGUGUACUUCAGGCCUUUUGGAGGAAAGCCGGUGUGUGAACAUAAAGCUGUAAGUCUGUGCUUAGGUGAAGAGCAAGAAGUACCUCCCGUGUGGCCAAGUGUUGGCCCCGGGUCUUCUCUGACGCCGGGCUGGCGGAACGGGCACGUCCGGCUCGACCUCUCUGGUCAGUGGCCUUUCCACAGGGACUCCAGACAAGCCUCGCCCCCUCAGAAGUGAGCAGCAGCAUGGGGUUCCACAAAACGGGGUUCUCAAAGCCCCACUGGACGGGCCCGUCCCCUCUGAGGACGAGACAGGAGCUCAUCAUGUAAUAGUGCCUGUGGGGGGGUUUAGCCCCACCCCCAAGCAUAUGUGUGUGUGUGUGUGUGUGUGUGUCUGUGUGGACGUGAGUGUGUGCAUGCCAAGUGAACACACCCGUUUCUGAUCCUCAAGUCUGCCGGGCUUUGGGUUGAGGGCUCUUCCUGAGACAAAGAGCUGAGGCGGCGCUGGGCCCCGAGACCUCAGACCCCGCACACCCAGGCAGGGAAGGGGUUCACCAACAAGAGCCGCAAAACCCAAAGGGUUUUUCUCCUUGGCCUUAGCUCGCCCCAAACCCUCAUCACCCAGGAGCGCUCAGUGGUCUCUCUAGCCUCGUCCCUGCUGGCUUCGGUCCUGGCCCCGGGCCCCCUACCCAGUGUCUCUGGGUGGGGGGCUAGACAGUGGCAGCUUUGACAAAUGUCCGGGCGGGAGGCCCUGCCCGCAGGACGGGUGGUCAGGUCGUGCCUUUGGCACUGGCCUCGGCGCUGGUACAGACCCCCUGAGGAUCCAGGUGACACACAAGAGCUCGACACCUGCCGCCUGGGGCUCAGGUUGCCACUUCCUUACAAGGUGUAGGCUUCUGCACCCCCACGCUGCCCCGGGAGCCCUUCCAGGGUCUCUGUGGAGGGGAAGUGGAGCUCCAGAGGAGACACACGAACUCGGAACCAUUUAGCUCCUUGCGAGGCUCGGGCUGUGUGCCACUGAGCGGGGUCAGCCACCGAGCGGGGGUCAGCCGGGGGCAGCCAUACCCUGGCUUCCGAGACACCUCUUUCCCCUUUAGCUUGUGGGGCGGUGGGCAUGGCCAGCAUCCCGCGCCGUCUUUGGUCCUCGUCACCCCGAGGGGACAGGCUAGGUCCUGGGGUGUCGGCUCCCUUGGACAGCACAGGGUGGGAUUUUCCUGUGCUUUCUCCCCGUCUGCAGAGGCGGCGGAUAAAGGAUGGUAGGUCCUACCAGCGUGCCUGGCUCAUUCUCUGUACGGAGCUUCCAUGGGUGCCGCGGGGCCCCCCCGUGGCCGGACGGGGUGGAGACGCGCCCCGCGGGCACAGCCGUUUCCGCUAACGGCUGCCUCCCGGGGACGGUCCCUGUCCUGUCCGCCCGUGGAGGGGAGGUGCGGACCGAGGCCGGGCAGGGGGACGGAAGCGGGAGCUGACCCCGCUGUCAGCGGCCGGCUCUGUCGCUGCAGGAGGGGACCCGGACACCUGAGCGCCCCCCAUCCAUCUCCAGUGCAGGCCGCACGCGGGUCCCGAGGGCGGGCCGGCAUUCCCAGCUCGCCUUCACGCGCUUUUCCGGCGACGCGAGUUACUUCUGUUCGUUGUGAUGCCUGUUUGCUGAGAGAUUAAUAAAUCAUUUCUGUGCCUUUAGCAAACUUCCUGUGUUGCUCUUAAAAAGGGAUCAUCCACCUUCCCGGACCACAAGGUUAAGGUAACCCCGCUAGGUAACCCCGCUAGGCCCGC